AUGCCGAACCUUUUGCCGUCUCUUCUGCUUCUCCCUCCGCCUCCUGUUCCGAUCACCUCGGCAUCGCUCUCGGCAGCUUACCGUCCAUCACUUGUCGCUGUCGUUUCCACCUUGAAAGUGCUUCCAACAAGUACCCAGCUGAUUAUUGUAUUACCGUGCCCGGCCGUUCAUGCUCAACUUCAAGCACCAAGAUGUCAGAUCUAUACAGAGCUCCAGCGAUCCCUGGCUGGCCUCUAUAGUUUGGUGUGCACCGUGUGCGCCAAUCUGGGUGUUGAUGUGGAGUCCGAUACUCCUGGAUCUAUAGAUGCCCGUAUCCUCUUGCUAGACUACGAUGGGUCACGGCACUUUGAAGAGGAAGGCGAGCUUAGGCCUGAUCCAUUUGUGGCUGGACCCAUUGUCGACCUUCCAACUCUUGCAGUCACACGGCGCCGGUGGAACAUUGUAUUCUCCGUGGACGGAGAAGAAGGCCAGAAGAUAUUCGCCAGCUACUUGAAGCUUGCAAACCAACAUAGUCCAUCGCUGUGUGGUCACGUGAGGCCUGUUGCCGGUGGAGUGAGCUUGAUCCAGAGAGAGACUGAACAGGUGACAAGAAAACCGGCCUCGGCCAAUACACACAAUGUUGUAAUUGUGGGAGGAACUUUUGAUCAUCUUCAUGCUGGACAUAAGCUGUUGCUUACAGCGACGGCGUUGCUCCUCCAACCAGCUAGAUCCUCCUCGGCACCCUAUAGAAGGCUCAUUGUUGGUAUAACUGGCGAUGAGCUCUUGAAAAACAAGAAAUAUGUCGAGUAUCUAAGAAGUUGGGCCCAGCGGCAGGAAGACGUUGUUGACUUCUUACUCUCGGUACUGCAAUUCGCUCGUGGGAGUCGAGAAGCAGAAAUCGAAACGCUUUCAUUCGACGAACCAAUUCCGAACGGCCGUUCAGUCCAUACGAGGCUCAAAAAUUGCUCCAUUGUCAUUGAAUGUGUCGAGAUACAAGACCCAUUCGGACCUACCAUUACCGAUGAGAGCGUUACUGCACUUGUAGUAUCAGGGGAGACAAGGUCUGGUGGUAAGGCGGUGAACGAUAAGAGAGCAGAGAAAGGAUGGAAACAUCUGGAUGUCUUCGAGGUUGACGUUUUGAAUGCUGGGGAGACCGAACAAGGGGCAAGCCAGACUGAAAAUUUUGCGUCGAAGAUCAGCAGCACGGCAAUACGGAAACGCAGAGCAGAGAUUGCCCUUACUUCUUCCCUUUGA